CAAACUCAAAAGCACAAUACUCGUUCUAGAUAAAGCCAAUUUCGAACUUCAGCAGGCCAUGCUUUCCUCCGAGCCAAAGGAAAAUCAAAACUUCUAUUACACGAAAGAAGGCUGAGGCUGAGGAAGCUUAUUGACUGACAGGCUUGGCUGCGAGAAGAGCCCCACUAGAUGUGCAUUCGCUAUCAAUCUGGACGGUGCUCUGAAGAGCGACUUCUGAUGGCCUGUAAGCCGAAUCUCCCAUAUCCUACCGCAUAGAACUGUCGAAAUAGAGACGCAAAAACCCCAAGCGUGUGAAUCUACGGUUGUGAUUCCCAAGCAACGACGUAAUGGGGUCCAAGAGCUUUCAGCCUUGUUGGAGGCGGACGCGCCUGCUGAAGAAGAUUACAAGGCUGCUGGACUGCUUUCGACGAAAGCCGAAUGACGAUGAGAAGCAAAGCCGGGAACCGCUCCCGAACAGCAAGACGAUCGAAACAGAUGUCCUCGUCGCGGAUCAAAGCCGGGACGCCAGUCCAAGGACGGGGUCAACUGAACGCUCCACCGCGCCGAAGAAGCCACCACCGUUCCAUCUCACGCUUCUGGGUCUCCCCCGCGAGCUCCGCGAUCUCAUAUUUCACCAUGUGUUCAAGCAUAAUGGCUACGCCUACGUCGAGCAGCAGCUUCUCGGCUUCCCCAAGAAGGACUAUUCGACGUAUUCCUCUCUGUUCCGCGUCCUGCUCACGUGCCGCCAAAUAUAUGCGGAGGCGUUCAACUGCGCGUACAGGCUGUCGUGUUUCUACUGGUUCAAGUCGUACUCCACCGCCACGCUGCACACGCUGUGUCAGCGGCUGAAUUCAAGCCAGGCACAGAAUGUGAGACACAUCGCCUUCUGGAGCAACCCGUACCUGUACGAGGACUUCUUGGACGACAUGCCUGCUGCAUUACGCUUGACGCGCGUCACGGUGUGCAGCAACUACAUGUCUGGGCCUGUGCCUGCAACCACGAUCCACGGUCGGGUGGCGUGGCUGUUGAAAAAUGUUAAGAAGCUGCGGAAACUAGAGAGUUUCCACUUCAUGACCGGCUGUGGCAUCUCGCCCGUCAGCAGGACGGCCACGGACUGUGAGUUUGCCGCACAGCUGAGGAGGGUCUUUGAUGCAAGAGAGUAUUGGGCCGGGGACAGUGAAGGCUUGGAGGUGGGACGUUUUGAUCCGGAAACGUUCACGGCGGAGGUUGUAGUGUUGGCCGAAGACGAAGAGAAGAGAGUCAGAAAAGUACAGCUAAAAAUUGCAAGCAUCUAUGAGACUGGAUUCUAAGUCUUUUGGAGGUUAAACGACUUAUGCUACAUCAUUCUGGCUGAAGCUUCAGUCAAACAGGCUGUACGUGUUCAGAGACUCAUUUCGACGGUCUGCCGUUGACAUCAAGGGUCUCAGGACGUACUAUCUCUGCUACGCGACUUGGAAAGGUAAAUGCGAGUUACGAAAUGAGAGGCACCGCACAACGAGCUGCACAAGAGUGUUUUAACAAAGGCAAGGAGCCACAGCGCAAACGUACGAGGGCGAACAAAUCGAUGUAGUGACCUAGUUUCAAUGUCAGCGAGCAAGGAGUGCGGCGAGAUGAGCCAAGUCUUGCAUAUCGGGCAGGCGAUCAGUGUGCGGUUUGUAUAAACAAGCAAACCAAGAUAUGCAACACCUAGCACAAGCGCGGUCUCUUACUAUGUGAACAGGGCCCGAGGAGAUGGGGAGCUAAAAUUUGAAAAUUAAAAAUACUUUGGGU